UGGUUUGUGCAUGGCCCCGGAGCUGGAUCCUCCGCGGCCUGGAGCUAACAGUGGGACCUGCCCCAACUGGGUUCCCUCUCCUCCUUGUCUGCGUGGCCCUCACGACCAGGAGUGAACUCCCAGUUGGUCCAGCAUGAACUGGAAGGUGCUUGAACACUUCCCCCUGCUGCUGUGUAUCUUGGCGGCGAAAACACUAAUCCUCUCCCUGGCGUUUGCCGGAGUCAAAGUCUACCAGAGGAAACGACUGGAAGCAGAGCAGCAAAAGCUGGAAGCUGAGAAGAGGAAGCAGGUGGAGAAGAAGGAGAGCUAAAGGGGAGUGAAAGAUUUCAUGGUGUAAAUGUCAGCUCGAGUGGACUCCAGCUGAGAAGAAAGUCUUAAUUAUUGAACGAUAUGUCAGAAGACAAACUCGAAGCCUCUAGCCUAACUGAAAAUGAUGUGAAUUUUUAUAUGCUUUUAGAAG